GUAAAGACAAAAAUGAUUUGAAUGAGUUAAACCCUUUAACAAAAAAAUAAUACUGAAUAGUGAAUACUAAUAAACCACACUAAUAAUGAGCCACUCUUCAACUAUGAAUAUGACAAUAAUAGCAAUUUAUUAAGUUGUGGUCUCUUACAGAACAUAUUUUCUUAGUCAGGAACUAAAUAAGACAUAUAUAAGAAAUUGAUCAUGAGAAAAAAAUUGUUUCCUUUUUUUUCUUAUUUUAUAAUGUUUAAAGUAAAAAAAAAUUAGAAAAAAAAAUCGUAAAAAAAUUGAAUGCUUUUCUCCACAAAAUAUACAUUUCUUUGUCAUAUAAACUCAAUUUUGCUAUUGUUAUAUUAUUGCUAAAUUAUAUAUAUGCGGAAUCACAAUACCAAAAUGUUACUUUCGUUUUGUAACUAUGUACUAUCAGAAGAAUGAAAGGUGAGAAAUGUCUUGGUAUGCUGUUCUUGGAGAAACAAGAGCACAAACACAUAUUUAUCAACUAGUUGCAAUCAUGAACACUGUAUUGUGUAUAUAUACGAACUCACCAGCUUAGUUCAUAUGUGCCUAACCCAAAUUACCAUUGAACUAGAUCCACUCUUUUUCUGUCUUUAUAUAGAGAUCCACUCUAUCAUUCAUUCACACAGAAACAUACUUACCAAAUCUAAAAAAUAAAGCCAAAACUUUUAUUUCUUCAUUAAAUAAUUAAUCUCUAAUAUUAUCAAAUCAGUUAUACGGAAUGGCACAUCCAAGGAUCCCCAUUUCAACUAUUUCCUUAUUGCUUUGUAUUGUAGGUUUUGUUUCGCAAUCUUGUGAAGCUAGAAAGGUUGUAAUGCCUUACGACGCAAGCAAUGGAUUGUUUCUUAGUGUUUUACCAAAGGGCAAUGUGCCACCUUCGGGUCCAAGCGACAACGGUCACACUUCUCCGCCUAAGGAUUAUUCCGAUCAACAUAUGGUUCAGGGAAACUCCGCGGAGAUUUACCGCCAACUAGGAUCGGUCCCUAGCCCCGGCGUUGGUAAUUAGGCACAUUAUAUCACCGACUUAUAUUGUCGAUCUCAUUUCAUAAUAUUAUCAUAUAUUGUAAGUCGUCUAAAGAUUAAUGUUUGUGUGUCUUCAUAAAAUGAUAUGGUGCCGGCUAUAUAUUGAAAUAGUUGUGUUUAUGUGUGAUCUGUAGUUGAGUAAUAAAACCACUAUCUUACACUUGUAAUAUGUCUAUGUGUGUGUUGGCAUAUGGUAUCGUACAUGUAUGUAAAGAGAUCUAAAACUGAAAAAAAAAACCUUUUUAAAUGAUAUUGUUCAUGAUUUUUUUUAUUUUUCGAGUGCUAUAGUUUACAAAGUCCAUUUGUGGCCAUAUUUACAUUACAUCAUUUCUAGCUAGUAGUGUAAUAGUUAAGCUUACAGUAUAAGUUCACAAAUUUAAUUAAGUCCAAAGGUUAUAGUAAUUACUAAAGACUUUAAGGAACAAGUUUUUAACGAAAGAAAGAAAGAUUCAGGACCAUCCGAUUACACAUAUAUAAACAUGAACAUUUGACUAGUGCCCACUAUGACUAGUGCCCACUAUAAUCGAGAUAAUAUAAAUAGGUUGCGUUUGCGUACGUAAACUAAAUUCACCAGUAAGGACGCUAAUGGUAUAAUCCUAUAGCUUUUAAAGUGAAUAAGCUUUGCUUUGGCACCUUUCUGGACAAAAGUUUAUGAAUUGACAACAAUCGAGAAAUAUUUGUCUAGUUUACGUAAGAUAAGAGACGUCUUCCUCUGACCUGUUGACGUUUUUCUUCUAUGCAUAGAUUCAGAAUUUGAAAAAGAGAAGAAAAAGGAAAAUGAAAAAGACAUGCAAUAAUAUAAUUAGGAACACCAUUAUUGCUUAUCUCCGGGAUUAUACUAUUUAAGGACUAACUUUUCGUCAUGAAGCUUCUCUCGGUUUCCUCUUUUGUAUUUUUUUUUAAUAAGUUUAACUAAUCAACUAGUAAAGAUGGAGCCGCUUAUUACACAUUCAACUUAGAUAGUUAAACUCAGGUUUCUUACAUAAAAUCAGGAAAAUCCUAUGGAUUUCAUAUGUAACAUCAUGUUAGAUUAACGUGCCAUCAACUUU